UUUCAGUUCCUCCUGCAGUGGUAAAGUUCCUAACAGCCUAUCUGCAAAUAUAUUGUCUGUAGUACAAGCUGGGAUGUGCUACGCAUUCAGUAAAGUUCUUAUAAAGUUUGUCUUACCCCACUACCUCUAAACAAGACUGAAGGAAACAGUGCUAUUUCAGGCUUUUCUUACAGUUGUCAACAGGAUUAUUUCACAAUGACAGACACCACCAACAGUACUCAUUUCACGUGUGAAGUGAACAAAGACUUGGAACCUUUCACCUAUGUUUAUUGGUUCAUAUUUAUGGUUGGAUUUUUUGGAAGUUGCUUUGCAUUGUGGGCAUUCAUUUGGAGAGACAACAACCAGAAAUGUUUAAGUAUCUACCUCAUUAACCUACUAAUAGCCGAUUUUCUGCUGACAUUGGCCUUACCAUUUAAGAUAGUCGUAGACAGGGGAUCUGCAUCUUGGAAAUUGAGGAUCUUCCACUGUCAGGUAACAGCUUGUAUCAUUUAUAUCAAUAUGUACCUUUCAAUUAUAUUCUUGGGAUUUGUCAGUAUGGACCGCUGUCUACAGACUAUACAGAGCGCUAAACUGUACCAAAUACAGAAACAAGGAUUUGCUAAAAUGUUGUCGACAGUAGUUUGGGCUCUCGUACUGUCCAUCAUGUUACCAAACAUGUUGAUACCUAUAAAAGACAUCCCAGAGAGGGAAACUGUUGGGUGCAUUGACUUUAAAACGGAAGUCGGAAGAAAUUGGCACGUACUCAGCAACUUCAUCAGUAUUGCUAUAUUUCUGAACUGCUCUGCUAUUAUUUUGAUCUCCAAUUGCAUUACUAUUAAGAAACUUUACAGCAAUAAGGAUGGUGAAGAAGCUAACAACAUCAAAGCAGCGUUGAUAAAGAUCUUUUUGGUAACAGCAGGAUAUAUCAUAUGUUUCCUUCCAUACCACAUUGUUCGAAUCCCAUACACCUUGAGUCAAAAUGAUGUGAUCACAGACUGCAGCAUAAAGCAAGUGCUGUUCCAUGCAAAGGAGUCAACCUUUUUGCUCUCAGUGUCAAAUCUUUGCUUUGACCCUAUUGUGUAUUACUGCUUUUCAAAUAACUUUAGGUCUAAAGUAAGCAAAACGUUCUCCUUAAAGAGACAGGAAAGAGUUGUGAUUGAGAGAGAGACUGCUAUUGAGACAGUUGGGUAGAAAAAUGACAUAAAUACAAUUUUACAAGACUGGGAGUUAUCCACCAACAGCCAGAACUACAUUGCCGGUCGAAAAAACAGGUGAAGAAUUCUAUUUAUAGUCUAUAAUUGUAAAUUAAAGAUUGUAUUGUGUAUAUGAAUAAAGACAAGUCAAUGAUUUGAUAAUAAAGGUGCUACACAUAUAAGAGUAAGGCCACUUUUACACUGACCGAGAACAUGGACAAUUAUUGAAGACACACUUACAUACAGGCACUCAUUCCUGAUAAUUGGCCUCUGUAAAGCUGCCUCCGAUCACCCAAGAAACAAGCAAACAUCAUUCAUCGGGGCAUUUGAAGUCACUGUUUGUUGGCAGCAAAUUGCCUUGUGUAAACAGAGAUGUGCUGCCGACAAACAAUGAAUCUGCAUGGGGAUGAAUGAUCCCAUUAGCAAUCAUUCAUCCCCAUGCAGAGAAGUGACUGCUACAUAUAAAUGAAGCUCUCCUAUGGCUGAACGAUUGGGCAAUGAUCACGAAUAGUUUAUUUCUGAUUAUUAUCCUGUGCACAGGUCCAUGUAAAUGGGCCCUAAAAUAAUGUGAACCCACAGAUUUCAGCUAUUGACUUAUGUGAAUAGGAGUGUGCCCACUCAGGAUAGGGCGCUUUGUGAGUCCCUUUGUUCUCAAGAAGAGAAGUCACCACCAGUUUUGUCUGACAGUGUCAGUGACAUAUGUCUCUAUGACAUAUCAAAAUUUUUGUGAAAAUGUUGUGACCUUUUAAUGUUUCCCCUUAGUGCCCACAACACAGAAAAUGUGCCCUCUUAGUGCCCUUUAAACAAGUAAAGUUCCCUCUUAGUUCACCCACACAGGUAAAGUGCCCCUUAAUACACUAUAUACAGAUAACAUGUCUUUCCCUAGUUCCCCCCCCCCCCACAUUUAACGCACCUCUUCAUGACCCUCACACAUUAAAAAUGCCUCUGAGUGCCCCUUCAAGUGCCUCUUGUUUCUCCUACACAAAUAUGCCUCCUUAGUGCCCCAAUCACAAAAAAAAACGUAUACAGUUAUAAUGCCCCUCUUCUGUACCAUACACAAAUAAUGUGCCCCCCACAUAGUAAAAGAACCACCACCACUAUCCCCCCCAAAAACUACUCAUUCCCCAUUCUCACAAGGCACAGAGCAGCUCAAACUACUGGGCUCUUCCAGCCUGCAGCCUGUUCUAUUAGCGGCACGGUACAGACAGGGUGAUGUCACAGUAUUUUACCUGGGAGGCCUACAUCAAGGUUUUAGGAGCCUUGUGUAACCACCACCCCCCUUCCCCGGUUCAAUGGUUACAUUUAGCAUGACCCUUUAAAAUGGUUGAGGCGAAGAACAUGUGUUGCACAAAGUAUCCGAUUUUUCAUACCGCUGUAUUGAAAAGCUGAGACCACUGUGCUUCUCAGUAUAGUUUUAUUUCUGAGACCUUUAUGUUUCUCAGCAGCAACACGUGGUUGGACAAUUCAGUUCUUUUGGUGAUGUGCGCGUGGAUUUCUGCAAUCUCCAUUCAGACAAUUGAAAGAUCUUACAAAAAUUCUAGCAGCAAAUCUGCCACAUGUGAAUGUAUCCUUAGCCCUAUGUUAAUGGGACACAUAAGUAGCUAAUAUACAUUAAUUUACAUUUUCUGCGAAAUUAAAACAGUCACCCUUCCACUGCCGAACCUGUGGAGGACAGCAUACUUACUCACUCACUGCUGCUUGGUUCCGGCUCUUUCAGUCUACCUCUGUAUUCACUGCACUCUGGUCUCCACUUGUAAACUUUUGGAAUGGACAGGGGCAACAUGUGCUGCUGCAGCCAAUGACUGAUGGCAAUGGUGAUGUGUCCCCCAAGUGGCACGUGACGUGCAACUUUCAGAAGUUUACAAGCAGGGACCAGAGCACAGUUAGCCCAGCCAACACAGUCGUGGAUCAAAGUAGCUGGAAAAGGAGGGGAGCAGGUAAGUAUUCUUCCCAUCAGAGGUCUGGUAUGGAGGGGAGGCCAAAAACGCAUUACAAAGUUAGACAAACUCUUUAAACGGGUUUCCAGUAUUUUGAUAUUGGUGACCUUUUCUGAAUAUCUGACAUCCAACACCUUUGCCGUUCAGCUGUUUAUUGUAGCACCAGAACUACACAGCUCCGUCCAUUGUGCAGUGGAUAGAGCUGAAAAGUGCAGCCGGGGCAAACUGGGAACUUAAAGUGGUCCUGGAAAAAAUAAAAGUGGCCCCAUGUUGUAGUUUGGUCCAAAUUGAAAGAAGGCAAGGCUAACACAAGUAAACAGGGACAACUCAAACAGUUGGGGUCAAAAAUACCAUAGUGCAGCACACAAUAUCACCUCAGCAGAACCAAAUACCACAGUGCAGCACACAGUACCACCUCAGUAGAACAAAAUACCACAGUGCAGCACACAAUACGACCCCUGUGGAACCAAAAUACUAAUAUUGUGAGAGUUUAGUAAAACUUAAAGAGGCUGUCUAACCUAGAAGUCCACAACCCCAAUGUUCCUGACCUGUGUCCCAUAAAAAAAAAAAGGAUACCUGUCUGUGGUUCUGCCAUGCCUUCGCUGCUGCUCUGUUCUUAGCGGCUUCUGUUCCCAUAGGACCAAGUCCCAUGACCACUGAAGCCAAUCAAUGGCCUCAGCAGUCACGUGUGGUUGAACAGCAUGUCAUUGCCAGUGAUUAGCCGCAUCAGUCAUGGAACCAAGUUUCUUCCUGGUCUUGCGGGGACAGGAUGCAGCUGGGAACGAGGCAGGAGCACGGGCAUGGUAGGACCACAGGCAGGUGAGUGCAGUGUUUUGUUUUAUUUUUUAAUGGGCACAGGUUAGGAGAAUUGCAGCUGUCGGCUCCUAGGACAGACAAAGCCUGUAAGAUAAUAUGUUGGUACUAUAUAAGCAAUGUAAAUAAAUGAAUAAAUCAAUAUGUAGUCUUUUCACCUACUAUAUGUAUAGACACUG